GACCUGCAGAAGCCGGGUUGAUGAGAAGCAAACAAAUUGUGAAUGACUAUAGUUUAUGUAUUAUUAACAUUAACUCUUAUCAAAGUAUGCGCCGUAAAAGCUACAAACAAUCUGUAAGCUUUUUUGCUUAGAAUUUAUCUGAUGAGUCGAAGACUGCAAGUUCUAUUGCGUCCCACCACGCUGGAGUUUACAGUAUAAAUAUCAAUCAUGUUGUAUUAGCCUCAGUUUCUAAAUGAUAUUUCCUGCAAAAUGUUGUCAGUGUGUUCGUGUUUUGUUGUCUUGUGCUUUCAUCUGUGCAUGUCCAAGGAGGACUUGAUUCGGCAGACAACCUACGGUCGAGUACGGGGUUUUGUCACUGAACGCGUCCCAGGUAAACAGAUUUAUACUUUUCUUGGAAUCCCGUAUGCUUCGCCACCCGUAAAGGAACUUCGAUUUGAGAGACCAGUUUCACCCAUUCCUUGGAGGGGUGUGCUAGAUGCCUUGACUUUACCCCCUGCUUGUAUCCAGUAUGACCACAUGGAUUACAUCCAAGAUCAUUUUGAAGGAUUUCACAACUCAAGCGAAGAUUGCCUCUACAUCAAUUUAUACAUACCUCCGGUAAAAAGUAACAAAAUCAAGAAUACAUCCGUGCUUGUAUACAUGCAUGGAGGCUCAAAUCGUGAUGGAAUGGGGUCUAUGCUGGAGGGAGACAUUCUGGCGGGGCACGGGGAGAUUAUUGUCGUCACAUUCAACUACAGACUAGGGAUCUACGGGUUUGUUGCUGCAAAAGAUGAAGGAUUAGAGGGAAAUUACGGUUUUCUUGAUCAAGUAGAAGUUCUUAAAUGGGUGAAAGCAAACAUCGAGGAGUUUGGGGGAAAUCCAGACAUGGUAACCAUAUAUGGUCACAGUGCAGGUGCGGCCGAUGUUGGAUUUCAUGGAACAUCGCCGUUAUCCAAAGGUCUUUUCCAGCGGGUCAUAGUUCACAGUGGUUCGCCUUUGGCCUUUUGGGCAACGACAGACCCAGGGUGGCCAGAGGGAUAUAACAUUCUUCCUUGCAAAGGGGGCUGCAAUGGAAAGACUUUCAAACAACAUUUGAAAUCUCUAAGUAUUAAGGAGCUCAAUUCAAAAAAAGGGCUGGGGACACCCCGAGAUCUGGUGACAUUUCCAGCUAAUAUUGAUGGUGAAUUCUUAAUUGGAAGACCUAGUGAAACAUACCACAAUCAUCUAAAUGCUGAUCAUUUUUUGCUGGCUUUUGCCAAAGACGAAGGAUUCCCAUUAGAUAAGGAGAUCAACAGGGAUAUUUUUGAAACCUUCUCCAAAGGUACGAUGAUGGAGGUGCUAUGGCACUACAACACAGUAUAUAAAAACAUACAAAAUUUCACAGAGAUUGUUUUCAAAGAAUACAAAGAAUUUGAAGGUGCCCUUCGCUACAUUCAACUUCAGCAGGUGGAUGCUGAUUUCAUAUUUUUUGCUCCUAUGAUUCGCUUAGCUGAUCUGUUAUGUCGAUAUAUACAAGAUCUAUAUCUCCUGAGUUUUGAUCAUGUAUCUACCUAUUCACCUCACCCAAAUUGGCAAGGAGUCCCUCAUGGUGUGGAUUUGUUAUAUGUGUUUGGGGUACCACUGGUCGGCCAUCAUAGAUAUAAGUAUGACGAGCUUGACAAAGAGGCAAGCAGAAGAGUAAUGACCAUUUGGAGUGAUUUUGUGAAGGGAAAAGAUCAUGGUUUGUCCCCAUACCAAGAAAGAAAUAAACAAUAUUCUCGUCUAGUUUCAAGAAACGAAAAAAUAUUGAUAGAAACAGCUAAUUCCUUUAGACCAAGGAAAAUGCACUUUUGGAACAAAUUAAUACCUCACCUCAACAAAACCAGCACUCGGCGAGCGAUCGAAGUGAAACUGAACCACCAUCACCUCAGUGGAGUGUAUAAUUCUUCAACUGUAUCCCAUGUAAAAUGGCUUGUGAUUCUGAUAUGUUGGACAUGGUUGUUUGUUUUACCAGUCUGAUCAUUCAUAUCAUUUGUCCGUGAUUAUUUUGACAUCUUUUGAUGAGGAAAAGCCAAAUAGAUUUCUUUCACAGACGUGUUACAGAGUGAUGUUUUAUAACGGGACCUUGGCACUGCCUCGAGGUUCUGUUUUCUUCUUUUCAAUCCAUGUCUUUUUUCUAGAGGGAAAAUAAUGGUAGAAUAUUUCUGAAGGUCAUAUUUUCAGUAUUUUCACAAUGGCAUUGUACAGUUGAUAUUUUAUAUAGUAUGAUCUUAAAUAUUCCUUUAUAUUUUUGUAUGUGAUGUAUAUAUGAUUUUAAUAUAUAUAGUGUAUGUUUUGUAUAUCGUGAAAUGUUUUUGAACAUCAUUUGACAGGUGUAUUUCACUGCCACAAUAACGAAAUUAAUUAAUAAAACAUUUAAGAUGAAAGUGUUUGCAUUAAAACCCAUUGCAAAAAAAAAAAAAAAAAAAAAAAAAAUUACAGUAACGAUCUUACUGAAAGAUAAAAGUUGUUUGAAACAGUUAGUCUAGAUGAGUUUUAAAAAUA